CGCAGGAUUUCGUACAUAUAAAUUAACAACUUUCUGCCGCCGUCCACAGCCUCUAAAGAGAGUAGAGUAGAGUAGACGAAAUAACGGAAAUGGUUUCCGGAUCAGGGAUCUGCGCGAAGCGGGUAGUGGUGGACGCGAGGCACCACAUGCUUGGCCGGCUGGCAUCGAUCCUUGCUAAGGAGCUUUUGAACGGGCAGAAAGUCGUCGUGGUGAGAUGCGAGGAGAUAUGCAUGUCGGGAGGGCUUGUCCGCCAGAAGAUGAAGUACAUGAGGUUUCUCCGCAAGCGCAUGAACACCAAGCCCUCUCAUGGCCCCAUUCACUUCCGCUCCCCCGCCAAGAUUUUCUGGCGCACCAUCCGCGGGUUUAUGCAGCAUAUUGAGUUUCUAGUUACUAUGGAUGUUAAAGAAGUGUCCAAACAGUUUAGUAAAGACAAGUGUGAUCUCUCUGAUGUUAUGUUAGAUUCAUUUAAUUUAUGCUUGUUGCAUCCACUCUCCCAUAUGCAGGAGCUUGAAAAGAAGAGAAAGGAGAGGUCUCAAAUAGUUUAUGAGAGAAAGAAACAAUUAACCAAACUUAGACUGAAGGCGGAGAAGGUGGCAGAGGAGAAGCUUGGCUCCCAACUGGACGUUCUUGCAGCUGUGAAGUACUGAUAUGUUUUUGCCUUUUUGGUCUAUAGGUUAGCCCAUUUUCCAGUUUUGAGGCUUGUUUUUGUUGAAAGUUGCCAUUUCUGUUCUAGAUUAUACAGCUGAAGACUUAUUUAAAACUUGAUAUCAAGAUUUUAUGUUGAAUGUUUGUGUACGUCUUUUGGAAUUAUGAUUUGAUAUUCCUGAUUGGCAGGCCUUGCAAAA